GGGAAUAGAGAGAAGAGAGACAGUAGCGCGCUGUAGCCAACAGCCGAUCUGUCAGCAGUAGCAGCGUAUUCAGUAUUGUGCGGCGUAGAGGAGCCACAGCUGUGACUAUAAUUGGAUAUAAUGGAGAAAAAUGGAAAGCUCAGCAGUUGAGAUCACUGACCACAUCUUCAGAGAUUUGGACUGGACGUAAAAGUACAGCUGCAGAUACCGUUUUUCAUGGAUAUAACGCAGUGAAGUUCCGAUGAUCUUUGUUACCGGACUGAAGGAAGACCAGGGGGCCUGAAAUUACACGGACGAACGUUGAAGUUGAGGCACAGGAGGCGCUAGCUAAGUUAGCAUUAAGCUUGCUGUGAAGUCUUUUUUAAACCCAUUGGGAGGUACGCCUGCAAAAACCUACAAAAAAUUAUAUCUGUCUGUGGUUGACACGACGCAUUACCACUGACACUGUCUUUAAAUAUAUGUCGCGGCAGUUAUCGUUAGCACAAGCUAGGCUAGGCUAGCUUGUUGUUUCCCUGCUAAUUCAGCCAACAAGCGUCUUUUGAUUGGGAACAAAAACGCAUUCAGCUUUGGUAAUUUACCCGCUACAAAAAGCAUCUCAGCCCAAAUUUAUGCUCGGGAAAUACUUAGAAAUUACCCACCUGGGUUAUCAUAACAUUAUAGCAGUUAAUAAGCAUGUUCUUCUUCCCAACGUAGACUUUUGGUGGAGUCAUCCCAUCUGGAUACAGGCUAUUUUACACUUUAAAUGCCUUUUUUCCUAAACAGUUUCUUAUCUGUCACUAAAGAUAGACUGAACUAAAACCUCAUUCUGUUUGCGGUUGCACUUAUUCACAAACUGCCAGUGUUUGAUUUUAAAAUUAGUACUGAUUUAUUACAGAAGAUUUUCCUCCACACUAAGCACUAAUUGAGACCUAAUUAUGAUUUUUAGGGGAUCUUCUGUUUUGGCAAUAAGUUAAAUUUGCUCUUCACAGCAUUUGAGAAUUAUUGUGUUUGAAGCAAAGAUACUAUUUUUCAUUUUUUGCCUUUCUUUUAGUUUAAAUGUUAUCACAAUAUUGGUGGAUUGUCAAAGUUUCUAGGCAAACAAGGACAGAAUCCUAGUGGACCUUCAUUCAAGCAAGUUCAAGACAUAUCAAACAUCACUCUUGGUUGGCUGAAGCUGGAUACCCAUCCUUGUGUCUUGAAAGAAGUUUACAGCCCCUCAUCUUCAGCCUCUUCUGCCCCCUGGGCUCAGAUGUGAGACAGGAUGGGCAGCCAGGGCAGCCCGGUGAAAAGCUACGACUACCUGCUCAAGUUUCUCCUGGUUGGAGACAGCGACGUGGGCAAAGGAGAGAUCCUGGACAGCCUGCAGGAUGGAUCAGCAGAGUCUCCUUAUGCUUACAGUAGUGGUGAGUCACUCUCUUCUCAGCUGAUUGUGGAUCAGUUGGCUCUGUUUUUGCCCUCUUGUGAUGAUGAGCUCCUCCUGUUAUGUCAUGCUUGCUCAUCACAAAAGUCCUGAAAUUACUAGCUGCUCAUUUUGCUGUGUGGACUGUGGGGAAUACACAAUGAGUUCUGUGCUGCUCUUUACACAGAGCAUUCAUAAAGAAGCAAGUCACACAGUCAUGACUGUAUGCGUAUUGUUGUCAGGAUAGUGGAUUGUACCUCUAAAUAAACAAUAGCUUGAUGACUUCAUUGUCUGGAAACAAGGUUAGACCUCAACUUUAAACACUAAAUACUUUCCAGGCAACAUCAUCUCCAGUAUGAUACUAGAUCCCUCCUCAUUUCCCCAUUGAACAAUGCCCCUGUUUUUAAACCUUAGCUCUAUUUUUUAUAUGUUUUGGUGCAAACUCGUAAUAGGUUUAAACUGUUUUGAAAUUGCUCCACCAGAUUGUUGGCAGCUGUUUAACAGGUUGCAGUCUAAUACUUUGUUCAAAUGCAACCCCUAAAACUUUUGUUUUUGUCACUGGCUGACUUAGAUUUUUAUUUUAAUGUACCUGACAAUGACCACAAGCUGACACUAUUAUUUUAUUUCAGGUCUCAGUUAGAGAGAGACAUAUGUCUCCAACAUGCAAGUGUCAUAGUGUUUAUACAUUUACCAAUAUCUCCCUCCAAAGAUGCUUUCCUGAACCAUAUAAGCAAGAGUUUGUCGCCCAAUUGACCAGGGGAAUGAUUGAUCUAAGUGUUCAGACAGAGUUAGUCCUUUUAGUCCUUUCACAGAAAGGGCUGUCUGAGCCAGAGAUGUUUUGCAGAAUGAAACUGUACCAUCCCCACUGGAAGCUGCUCUGGUGGAUCUACUGCAGCUCUGUUGUCUCUGUGUAUUCACAGAAAGACUGAGGGUAUUUAAACAUUAAAAUGCCAGCUUUAUGUAACAGAUAUCAAUAAAUAACAAGGACUAAAAAUCUUGUAUUCACUUAAAAUGCUGCAGUGAUUGUGUCUCAGUGUUUUAAUCCAAGUUUUUCUGGCCCUUUGUGAACUGAAUGUUUUCCCUGAGACUGAGCAGUUAAACUAUAGGACAGAUAUGAGAGUAUCAAAGUACUUAAAAACAGAAAGGCAGUUUCUUAUCUGGAAGCAGCUAAGAUAAUCCUUAAUCCUUUGGCAAAUCUUUUUAACAUGGCUUUUAAAAUUUAACUGAGUACAGUGUAACCAGACUAAACAAUGCUGUGUUAUAAUAUCUGUACGAUAUAUUCAUGUCUAUUCAAGCUUCAGCCUGCUUGGUCAUAGAUGCAUGUAUGUUGCCAUUACAGUAGAGAUAUCACGUUUUUACUUAAGAGUAGAUUCAUUGUAAACACCUCUGUGUUGUGAGGCUGAAAGCUGAUGGAGCUGUGAACCAGUCAGAUGAUGCCUCCCUGUGUGUAAGAGCUCAGAUCACCUGGUUGUCUUGCUGCUAUUGCUGGGAGGCUGAGCGCUAUCUGAUCACUGCCUGCUGCUGCAGUGAGCUGGUGGGCUGUGGCUGCUGUAGCAAACACACUCACAAUCUCCUCCUAUCAAAGGGAAGCCUUUAACAGGGAGCAGAUAGAUCACAGAGAAGUGAGAGAAAUUUCUUAAAGGAGCUGCUGAUAUUUUUGUAUCGUGUAGUCAGUUCCUUAUGAGUCUUACACACCCCAUUUUUGACCAUUUUCCAAUGUGCUAGAUUGUGAUUUUUUUAAUGAUUCUUUUAAUGUUGAGUGAGAAUCAGUGUUUCAUUGCAGUGAUUUGAAUUCAUAAACCAAGACGUGAUGCAGGAAUGAGUUUUUUUGUUCUCAGUAUCGUCUUCUCUCUACAUGGUUUGGUCUUUAUAAAUAGCACAUUGCUGCAGCUUGUAUACACGUGAGUUUGCUUUGUUGUUUCUAAACCUCCUUUCUCUAAAUAAUUGCCCACCCUAAUACCAUUUUUCUAGAGGAAAGACAUGUAAAAACAUAUCAUAAAAUCUGUGUGGGUGGAAAAUUAUACAUUGGAAUUAGUGGUUUGAUGUUGCACACGAGUGAACGUACAUACCUACUUAUCAGUUGUACCGGCUGCACCAAGGAAAUAACACUGUCUUAAUGCAUCUAAAUGAAAUAGGUUUGCUUUGAAAAAUAGUCAGCUAUACUAUCAAUGAUGUGUGAUUUUUAUAGAAUUGCUUAAACGUGUGAAAACUCCAUUCUGUCCAAGGUUGCAGAUGGUUGACUAGUUAGACGUUGCACCAUCAAUUUUCUAAAGCAAUCAUGAUUCACUUAAAAUACUCUGGCUGUGCCUAAAUAGGUUUUUUUUGUCAGGAAACACUAAUGGGGUGCACAACAGGACCGAGUCCAUCCAUUACAUGCAUGUGAUUCUCUUCUCCACUUGAAACCACUUGGAAUAAAAGCAGAUCAGUCACUUAUGUUUUAAAGAUUAACUGUGCUCAUGAGCUGCAUGUGGUUAGAUUUUUACUCAAGGAGAUGUCCCUCAUCAGAGAUGCAGUUGUGGACUAUUCCCCAAGUAUCCAUUUAGUUUGUCAGAUGAAGCAGAUUUCCAUCCACUCCACCCCUCAGGAGAAAAGCUACAGUUUAUAAAAAAUACAUCAGUCUAUAGAGUGACCCCCUUUUCACCACUGCCUCGAUUAUAAUGAAUUCUACUAGAGUGAGGUGCUGAGUGUUGGUAUUCUGCAGGAGAAUGAGCAUCAGGUCAUGUAUGUUUUUAGACUCGCACAUACGCUGAAAAGACACACUUUUUUGAUAGCAGCAGGUAACUCUGAGUGUGUUUACAUAGACCUGAGUUUGUUUUGAUGAUAUUCAGGAUAUGGUGUUGACAUGCAUGCAUGCAGAGGAACCUGGUUAUUCAUAUACACAAUACAUUCCUGUAUCCUUGCUUCUGAAUUCUGCACCUUAUUUGCAUAGUUGUUUCAUUUUUUAUAACAACAGUUCUGAGCAAAAUGAAACCACUAUAGCACUCACUCAGCACUAUUAUAGACCAAUAUUGUGUUGCAGAUAUGCUGUAUCCCCUCAUUGUCAGCAAUGGGAGAAGAGACAGAAACUGCACUGUGAUUGACUUUAACGCUGCUCCGAACCACUUAAGGCUGAUUCGUAUCCAGUUAAAUGUUACUUUGCUUGGUCAGGGUGUGCUAAGCUAGGUCUGAUGUAGGAAUUUGUAAUAUGAACAAGUACAGUGUUCAAAAAGGGGCUGCAUGAUAUUGGAAAACUACAAUUGAUGUAUUGUUCCUUUUUUGGGCUAUGUAUUGUAUUAUUGUGGUGACAGCAUGAUGUGUUCAAGGCCAUGUGAUUGACACUGUAUGUCCUGUGACUAUUGCACAUGUGCUUAUUGCAGUUGUGAUGGUCAAACAGUUUAUGAUUCAGCCCUUGAUGCAAACUUCAGAUGCAGACCAGCUGUCUGCAGAAAGAAACAGUUUAAAUGUAUCUAACAUAUCAUAAAUAAUUCAAAUCUAUACAGAUCAUUGCUGUGAUUUCAUUGCAAUGAAAAGAUAGACAGUUGCAAUGAAAUCCGUAAGUUGAUGUAGAUUUAUUUGAAGCCUAAUUUUGUGCUUUUUUAAAAAUUUUUGUGCAUGACUAGUCAAAUUAGAGUCAUCAAAGGUUUUGAGUGGAAUUGGGAUCAGUCGUGAUAACAGCUCCUGGGAGGAUUUUGUGAAUCUAAAUGUUUUGUACUUGCAUUAGCCUCUCUUUUAGUCUUUGUAUACCUGGGGGAUUGGCAUGUAUUCUAGUAAUUGUUAGUGCUUUAACAAAUUUCAACUUUGUUUUAUAAAAGAUGAUUUCAUUUUAUAAUCUUUUAACUGAAUAUCUGACCUUGAAGAAAAUUCAAACUGUUUUCACAGUCAUUUACUUAUAUUUGGUUUGUAAAAAUUUGCGUAUUAGUUGUUCAAGGCUCUUAGUGAAAUGACCCCUAGCUUUACACCCCUUAGGUUUUUGUGCAGCCAGUCUGUGGAGAACAUGUCAUUCUUCGAAAGACGGACUGUCUUUCUAAGUGAGCCUGGCCAUCUUCCACGUACUCGCUAAAAGAAGAGGAUGUCCUAACUGAUGCGGGCAACAUCAAAAGCCUUCAAACAGCUUCAUUAAAUAUGGAGGGCAGUGAUGAACGCGGCUGAACGCUUCAGCCAAGAUGUUUGAGCAGGCAGAAGCUCUGCUAUUGAUUUCCAUGCCUUUGGCAAAGAGAGUUUAGGGUGGAGGGAACGCUUGUGAGGAGCCUAAAUAUUUCAAGAGGAGAAAAUUAGGACAGAAGAGCAGGAUUUAAUUGGAUGGCAAAUGUCCACAGGCUGUAAUUGGUUACCCUUUCUUUGAUUUUGGGAAAGCUUAGGAAUAAUCUGUAUAUGGUCAGCAAUUGGUUGCUUUAUGAAGAACAUAUACCUAGACCAACCAGGGACUAGACAUUAGAGCUGAACAAUGUACCAAUUUUAAAUGUUAUAGCAACAUGAUUCUCAAUAUGGAUACAAUAUACAAAGUUAUGAAUUUAUUUUAUAAUAUGAACCAAUGCUUCACAGGUAUUUCGCGUGUAGAAUGGAGCCCAGAAGAAUUAUGGCCAUACUUUUUCACAGUAUUAAUGCAGUCAGACAAAGUUUACCAUCAUCUCCUCCUAGCGGGUGGAAACUUUGUGUUUAAAAAAAUUCUCCUUGGAUCACAUAAACAUGUUUUGAUUGUCCUGUCACAUUAUUUUAGAUUGGCCUGAUAAAAGUGUUCAACAAUUUCCUAGUAAUGGGCAAGCUCACUGUGUCAACCUGUUGUGUUUUGUACUUAGUGGAGAGGUGUGGCUGUCUGUCACAGAGUUGCUUGGCAAGGUCUGACAUGUUUCGUACCUCGCAUGACACCAUUUUGUGCCAUCAUUCGCAUACAGGUUCUGAUAAAAGUCAAUUCAUCCUUCAUCAGCCAGUUCAUUAGCACAGGAAAUGGAUGGAGAUGACUCGCUAUUCUUUUCCGUAGUGGACAUGUUGAGACGGGGGCAUUGCUUUUCUUUCUCUUAAUGGAAGUGCAGACUUAGGAGAAAGGUAAUUAAGUAGCAGGCUUACACAUAUCUUGGCCACUGAUAGUAGAUCAUACCUCACACACUGAUACUCCCCCCUUGGAGGGACGCAGGUAAUAGUAUUUUAUCCUCUCAGUUUGAAAAAUAUGACUUUCUUGGUCACUUACAUCAGAGCCACAGCGAACCAUUUUUGCCAUACCACAUUUUUGGUAGUUUGACGAGACUGUCUGACUCUUUCAGCUGUUUUAUUACCAAAAUUCACCUUCUACUUUAUUGUCUAUUUAGUCUGAAAAAACGUCUUUUGUUUCACCACAAGAAUCAUGAGUACCAUUAAAUGAUCCCCUCAGAGAGGCUGGCUUUAGUAUGUUGGGUUAACAAAGAAUCAUGAGUGGAUCUGAGGAUUAAUUCAACACACUGCUUCAAUAAGGUUUUGAAUUUCAUCGUCGGUGGUUGUUAGCCAUCUGAUAAGACCAGCGUUGGAGGGUUGAAGCUAAUUAAAAUGCAAAAUCAGGCUGAAAAGACACUUUUCAGAGCAGCUGCUAGACAAGUAGGACUCCUAAACCUUUUUUUUUAUUUCCCUCUAACAAAGGAAUAUUCCCCAGGGGUCAGGCAGGCACGGCGGCCCAUUGUUCCUCUACAGCAGAGACGGGCUGUGUUGACAGUUGCAUAUCCAUACACAACAGUUAUCUCUGGAUGCAGGCCAGCUCUGAGAUAACCCCCCUUACCUCCCUCACAUUGCCCUGGAGGAGGGGUGUGGGAUUAAGAGGGUAGAUAGGUGAAUGCAAAGCUGAUAUAAUCCUCCUGAACGAUGCACAGACUGACACGCUGAAUGUUCAAUAUUAACAGAGCUUAACUGUAAAUGGAGUCUCACUGCUGCCAGAGCAGAUUUUCUUCACUUCCUACUCUCCCCAUUUCUCUCACAGUCUGGACAUGCUAUUCACACCUUGCACAUGUAAUAAUUUCCUGAUAAGUGGCUCGCUGUCGUUACAGCACAUUUCAGCUUUUACAGCUCUGGGUCCUGCUGCUCCAAGUUUAAUUCUCUGUAGCUGUAAGAAAUGAAGUGCUAAACUUGGCUUCCUCCAAAGGUUUGCACUUAUCUCAGGUAAAAAUUGUUCCCUUACUUUGACUCAUCCAUUUAUCUGCAAAAAAAAAACACUGAAUAUGAAUUAUUGAGUCCGCGUUAUCAGUCCAUUUGUAGUUGCUUUCACUGAGACGGAUUUAGUCUCAUCCUAAAGGCUGAAUGUAAAGCUGGUCAGUACUACCUUGAAGAUUUGUUUCUAAAUUUUCUUCAAAACAAACAAAAUUUAAAGAUUAUUUUAGAGUCUUUGUGACAGCUUUAUCUCUAUUUUUAUGUCUAUCUCCUGCACACUCACUUGUUUUCUAAGAGAGUUUUCUGUUUUUACGCAACAAAACUCCGGAUCUCACUGCUUUUCCAUCAAAAUGGGGAACUCUCUGGUUGUUGUUCUUUUCAAGUGAACUAAAGACCUACCCUUAUCUGGCAUGCAAUCUGAAGUGCUUUUAUUUAUAACCUUGGACUGCAGUAUUAUCUUUGGUUUGACAACAUUUUCUCCCUCUGGUAUUUCUUUGUAUUGUUUUUUCGUCUUGGUUGAUGGCUGAGGACACAGAAACUCUUAAGGGUAGAAAGUAGGUGCAGAUAUGCAGCAAAGGGUCAUGUCCGGGAAUCAAACUGCCAUGCCAACCACCCUCAAUUUAUUCAAUUUUAUUUGUUUUUGAUUUAUGUGAUAAUUUAGUCUCUUUUUUGAUUUAGUCUGUUAACAUUCUGAUCUAUAGCUGCUACUCUCUGUCUGACUGUUCCUUGGUGAAGCACUCUCAGCUGCAUGCUCAUAUACAUGAGCAGUGCUAUAUAAAUGAAGUUGAGCUGAGUAGACAGCAAAGACGCCCGCAGUGCCUGUUUUAUCCAGUUUGGAGCUCGGAGUGUGGAUUUGGUGCCCUGGAUUUUGAUGGAUGAAAUGAACCACCAAUAAGUCAAAUUGGCAGAUAAACACCCUCAAACCUCCCUAUUCUUUGUUUUCAUGCUCUAGUCUGGUCAGGCCAGGCGAGGGGAUUUCACAACAAAUAUAUUUGACAGGAAUUGCAUUCAAUGUUUACCCUGCUACACCCUGGUAGUGAGAGUAGAGCUGGGUAAUGUAGCUCAAAAUAGGGCUGGGCGGUAAACCGAAAAGUUACUCAUACCCAAAUUUACAACAAUAACCAACAUCAUUUUGCCCAUAUCAGUAUAUUCGGUGUCAAAUAAAUAAAUAAAUAAAAGUUGGUUUUGGAUUUGUGUAGGUAGGCUAUGGUCUCAUGUCCCUCUAGAGAUAUGGAGAUGUGACUCCACCCCAUCAGUCCGUAACAAUGAAGGAAAGACAGGUGAGGGAAAGGAGGACGGUUCAAAAGUUGUAGCAGCUGGAGCGGCGGCUGAAGUAGACGAAGUAGCUUGUGGAGUAGUUAUCGUCCAUUUUAUCGUUAUCGAGGUGAACUGCUCAAUAUAUUGUGAUAUUGAUUUGAGGCCAUAUCGCCCAGCCCUAGCUCAAAAUAAAAUCUCAGCUUUUCUCAUUCCGAAUUUGAUUCACAACUUUAAUAACACUUUAUUUUCCGUCUUCAAAUUGAAAAACAAACAAAAAGAGAAAUGACUCAUUACAAGAUAUCAGCCUCUUGCUGAUUGGCUCACUUCUGUGUUCAUAAGAGGAGUAAGCUGUUUGUAAACAGGUAUGUCAUUCACAGUCGAAACCCAUGAAAGAGUACAUAACUCGACUGGAUCAUACGUCUGUUGUAGUGAAUAAAAUCACAUCUCCUCUUGCUCUCUGGUUAUUUCAUGUGUACAAAUGGUGCAGAUGAGACAAAGCAACCUUCUGCAUCGAGUAGAGAGAUACCUGGACUUAGUAAAGAUGAUUGAAUGAAUUGGUCACCCUGCUGCCUUUCAUUGUGAGAGCCUUUGAACAAACGUUGCAGGAGACUAUGGUUUGCAUCGCAUUUAUUGGAAACAAAGUCUCCAUUAACACUGAGAGAGUUUGUGAUAUAGUCUAGGUUUUUAUUUUAAAAACUGUCCUAAACCACAAAUUAUUUCUGCAAUCAAUGAAGUAGAUAUACAGCUCAGCCUGAGUUGAAAUAAUAACUGCAAAAGAUGCGUGUGUUCCUAGUCGACACAAGCCAGUGAAUAAAAUAAGAUUUGACAAGUUUUUUCCCUGACGACUAGGAGCAGCUCAGCACUAACCUGUCCUCUACAUCUACUAACUGCAGACAGCUGUCUGAGUCUGUUUCCAUCAACAGCUUCUCCAUUGAUUUCUGUGAGGAUCUCCCCAUGAUUAGAUUUACUUAUUAAUUUCCUCUGAGGAUGCUCACAUUAUUGCCCACUCUUUGACUCAGUGUUUUGCACGGCGACGAAAACAUCAUCUCAUUACCGCAGAGUUAAAUCACAGCAUCUCUGACACAGUUACACAAAAGCCGAACAUUAAAAGCUUCACGCCGCUUUGAGCACAUCCACAGAACAAACAACGUCAGCCUCCUCUGAGAAUAGAAGCAGCCGCGUUCAGCUAAGACAUCAGAGACAUCAGAGGAGCUAUUGAUUAUCUGGGAAAUCUAAGUGAGCCUUGGCAACGAGGGGAGAGAAGGGGAGAGAAGCCACUUGGUACGAAGCUCUGCACUCUCUCCAAUUAAAUUAGGCGAGGCUGAGCUCAGCACUUUAGCCCAGCAGCAGCUUCAUGCUGCCUGGAAAAUUGGAAGAUAUUGCUAAUGUUGUUAGCCAGCAGCUGUUACCUGCCAGAGGCGGAGGCAGCCAUGUGUGAGAGUCUGGGAAAUGGAUGUAUUACUAAGGUCUUUCUCCCAGGAGUCCUAAUAUCUAACAUUAGACUGGUUAUUUCCAGGUUGAAGUGCUGUGUUAUAAAAACAAUCUGUUUGAUAGUGGUGCCAAGCUCUGUUGAGUAAAGCCAGAGAUGUAAAGAUUUGUUGAAUCUUUUAAUCAUUAGUGUCUCUUUAGAAAUGUAUCAAAUUAACUAUCAGGGAAUUAGACCAACAGUGAGACCUAAAGAAAAAUCUUUUUUUUAGUAGUCAUUUAAAGCUGCUGGUUGCGUCAGGGGAAUGCAACCAAGAUUUUUCCAUUCUCCAUAAAUCUGCAGAUUAUCUUCAUUUCUAACCAGUUAUUGAGUCAAACAUUUAAAAAAUCUCACCAGCCAGUUUUCUAAACAAACUGCAAAAAUCCCUGCAGCACUACAUGAACCUGUCUAUUUGUCAAACUGUAAUCAGUAGUAUGUUAAAAUAGGGAUGGGCGAUAUAGGCUAAAAAAUUUAUCACGAUAAGUUUUGCCAUUCUGGCGAUAACGGCCAAAGUCCUGAUAAAAAUAUUAUGAUUCCAAUCGAUGUUUUUGACUCCUUCUGUGACAACUUUUACACAAUCUCACAUAAAUCUGGUUCUUACGGGAAGAUUAACAUCUUCCAGGCUGUGGAAACGGUGAUUAUCUCAGUGGUUCACCUGUUAGGCCUCAGGUGGUACCAGAUUGAGUGAAAGCCACAGGAACCUGGCGAGCAUAGACAGGUGAACGUGUAGAGACGUGGAGUAACAGGACGACAGGUGUAGCAGUCAGACAGGUUUGUCUGCUGCCUGAGGCUGAACGCUGCUGCCUACGUCAUCAUGGUUAAACCGUAAGAGAGGAUUUCAUAACAUUUAUCAGAGUUCUGAAAGGACAUCUUUAAUUUUCAUUUUUUUCUUCAUGUUGUGUUUUAUUUGAGCACUGAGAAGCUUUUUUUUCCGUCAGUUGGUUCACUCUAAAAUAUUUUCACAAAUAUUGAUGGUCUGUUGCUUCUUUCAAUAAAUUUCCAGUUUAUGUUCAUUUUGGCGUCUCCUGUGGACAAAGCAGUCUUUGUUUCUUUUUGUUCUCUACAUACUUAAGUAGUUUAGAAAAAUCUCAUCCUACUGACUUCUGACAGUCAAAUGUAAAUAUUUUAUUUGAAUAUUGUUAAAGCGAAGCUCAGAUGACGUCUUGCCUUCACACCAGAUACAGGCUUUAAAAUAAGGAUAUUCAAAUUUUGUUCCUGAUGUUCUUGUUUGUCUUUAGAUGUCAUAGUGAGGCAUCACUAUGAAUUUCCACAAUAAGAGUUUAACCAUGAAAUUCAGAUGCCCACAGAGGUUGACACCCACUGACUGAGGUCAUUUUCUGACUGUUCUUGUGAAACUGCAGACAGAAUUAGGGGUGUCCUGAUACAACUUUUUACCUCCGAUAUUGUAACCCUUAGUAUUGGCCGAUACCAAUAUUGAUCCAAUAUUAGCAAAACUUGUGCAUGACAAGUUUUACACUCAGCUGCAACUUCUUCUUCGGACUUGUAUGAAAAACAGUGCCACAGGGCCGACAUCACUCCUACUCCUUGGUACUGAGUUAGUACCUGAGUUCACACUGUUGUUGCGAUAACAUGGGCUCUACAUGCUGGAUCUGGGUGCUGCUAGAUAGUGAUGCUGGAUCGGAGUCUGGAAUGAACUGCUUGUAUCGGAGUGCUGAUAUUGGAGAUUUUAGAUGCAGGCCGAUAUAAUCAGAUAUUCAGUUUUUUGCUGAUAUCGUACACAGAAUGCAGUUUGCAAAUUUGGACAAAAUUGGUAACCCCCCCCCUAAUCAUCAAGUUGGUGGAUUUUGGUCCAGUACACAUUACCAUGUGGAUGUUUUGUCUGUAGUUUGUUUGGUUUUAGUGCAGAGCUCAGAGAUUUCGUGUUUCAGGGAGGUUCAGUGAUAAUAGUUACAAACAUAAAACUGUGUUUGUAAUGAUUGUUUUGUGUGAUUUGAUGGUUGUCUCGAUGUUUGGACAGAGCAGAUGUUUUUCAUCACUGGAUGUGAGCAGUGAGUGCUCAAAAGGGUGGAGUGUGAUGAAAUAAUAUCCUGCACACCACUUAAGAAAACUCAGCGUUCAACCAAGUACACAGAGGAGUACAUACCACACAUAUUUCAUACAUUCUUCAGUGCUGUUUGAGUCUCAGGGACAGAGAAGAAAUUUGUCAGAGAAGAGGGGAUGAACAACUUACAGGUGUGAGUGUCUGUAUUUAAAAGGCAAACCUAAAAAAACUCAAAUAGAAGAUGUGAACUGUGAUUAUUUAUUGAGUGAAUACACUGCUGAUGGCUCAGAUAGUUGAAGAAUUAUUGUUACAGCCUGAGCAUGUCUCUCACUGCUGUGUUAUAAUGAUUUGAUGUAUUUUUGAUGCAUUCAUUUCCUUCAUCCCUGCCUCUCUCUCUCUCUUUUUGUCCAGGUAUCGACUAUAAAACCACCACCAUCCUUCUGGACGGGAGGAGAGUGAAGCUGGAGCUUUGGUGAGCACACAUCACUGCUGAACCAAAGAUCUACUUUUGUUUGUACAAUAUUAAGACCCUCUAUCUGACACGUGUCCUUUAAUGCCUCGACACAGCUCUGAUCUAAACCUUUAAGAUCUCUAUGAACAAACUGUUUUCUCAGUUUCACACAAUGUUCGCCCCCUGUGAAGAUAGAUUUAGUUUUAUCUGCCCAACAUUAAAUUCCACUUGACAAAGAGGACGGAUGCUGCAUUUCUCUCUGAAUUUUGUAGAAAUAUGAGUUAAAUUAUGCUCAGUGCAUGUUUGAUAUUUCUGUUUUUGAUGAGACAGCGUGGCCUUAAAAAACAUGGAGUUUUGGUUCUGAAUAUUUCACUCAGUCUCAACAUCUCAGAGCUUCAAUAGAGUUCAAAAACAUGAGUAGAUGUGAAGCUUUCAGUGAGUGGAAGCUGUGAAGAGUAAUAUUCUAUUAGAGAGGGUUGCAUUCAUAUCAUAUUCAUUCUGUUUGAAGAGGCUUAAGACAUGCAUACAUAGAACAAAAUACAAGAUUAAUUUAUUUAUGCAUUAAAACAAGAUUUCAAAGAGAUGAGAGGGAAAAAUAUUCUUGAGAGGCUUUCCACACAUAUGAUCUGAUACAAAAGUACAGCAUCUGUCUUAGAGAAUAUAUAAGACACCCAGUAUUUGUGUUAUUCCGAAAAAACUAUACCGAACUGUUUCAAGAGCAGGUCUCUCAGUAAUGUUUCCUGCCUGUUUAACCAUGUGACAUCAACAUAGCUGCAGCAAAAUACAUGUAGUUAUCAGUUGAGGCACUUUGCAGUCCAAGGCCAGUCCUGUUUGGUGGAAGUAGGCCAAAGAAUCCAACUUCUCUGCGGAGCAGCAACGCCUUGUCUUCCCAGUGGAGGCAAAAGUUUGGAGUCCGCGUAAUGAGGGACGAUCUCCCCUCCUCCUUUCUUCACUGGUGUACUGAUUUUUCACAGUCUGGAUGUUUUCUUUUCUUCUGACUCACUGUCUUAGCCUCAUCGUCUGCUUGCUCUCCACUUCUGUCUUUUCUACCGUCUGUGUUCACAUACUCUUGUUUAUUUUGACUCAGUCACAUAUACACCAUCCUGCUGCCCCAAAUACUGAACCAACCCACUAAUCCACCUCCAAAUGUGGAUUAAUCCACACCUGAAAAUAGUCCCGAACAAAAGGACUAUUUAUUCAGAUUGUGCAAUACGAACAAAGCCAAUACAAAGAGGGCCUGUUUUUACGCAAAUUGUGGUCUAAUUGACUAUUAAGUACAAAUACUUAGAAAAUUUCCUCCAGUGGAUUGUUUUAGCUGGCAUCUGUGAGCGAGCUGUAAUGGCUGCAACAUUAUCCUUUUGGGCAAAUGUUCCUGACCAAAGUACGUGCUUGUUUUUGCUUCUGACAGGCCCAGAGGGUAAGUAAAAGUGCCUGACAGCCCUACAAAAAGCUUCACUCCAGAGAGCACAAGAGUUUAUGAUCUACUGCUUUGAUCCGUUUGUUAUUUUGGUCUUUUCUUCACCUCAUAUCACAACAAAAAGCUCUGUCUUCUUUUAAACUACUAUGAGCUCAGCAGAGCACUCAAGUCUUCUUUUAUUCUGGCUUGGAUGUGCUUAAAGCUCGUGUUUUGAGGUGUACUGCUGAGAAAUUUAAUGAAACUUAGUAACUGCCUUACCCAAAAUCCCUCGACUGAGUUGCUAAGCUCUACUUACAUGAUCUCUUGUGAAACUUUUUGUUAUUGUUUCUCAAGUUAGUUAAGUGUUUCUUAAUCUGUACAAAGCAAAAGAGCAACUAACCCUUGUGAGAGUAGGAUUGGACUAUUUCCUGGGACAUCAAAAGUAUUGAAAUGUGUGAGCUAUCCAUGCCAUGGACACUUCUACAUCCCCAUAUCAUCAGGGAAUCUUGCUUUGAACUGUACAGUGAUAUCAAGCCAAGGAGUCCCUCUCUUCUCUCCAUCCCUGAUAUGAAAAAAAAAUAACAGAUUAUGAUUCAAAAGCUCUGAAGAAAGUUUUCUGCUUCAUCUCAGUCUUUCUUCAUUUGACUCAGGCCCAGAGAAGUUGCUGGAUCAUUUUUAUUGUCUUUGCAUGACACAGUUAGACCUGUAUUUGUGGAUUCAACAUUGCAGUGUGUUCACAGAUAUAGCUUUGAGCUCAUGCAGUCAUUUCCACCACAGAGUCAUGUCUGUUUUGGGUUGAAACGGUCUCAGAUGAAGUGGUUGGCACGAAAGAAAGGACGCCAAUCGUUGUCGGAAAUAAAUUAAAAAAAAAAAAAAGCACUGACUGUUUUCUCAGACAUUUCUGUUGGUUUUUGUAACAAAUAUCGGAGCAGGUGGUGUGUUUGGCUCUUAGCACAGACAUUUUGACUCCAGGCAAAACCAAAAUGGUGUGGCAUGCUCACACAAACCACUACAAAUCACUCCUGUUCUGUAUUGGUUUAGAUGCACAUUAAAUCCGAGCUACAUUUACACAGUUAAAGCUUAAUUUGAAUAAAUUAGAUGUCUGUCCUCGUCCCAGUUUACUAGCACCGGGCAAGAAUUGAUUUAGAUCUUCUUUUAGCCUUUGCAUACAGAAGAUAUCAGACAGAGAAGGCAGUUUAAUUCAAAUGUUGCUGUCUGCUUUUAGCACGUGUUACAGCCUGUAGGACUUGUCAUACUGACUUUACAAAUAGGUGAUAAAACAUUUGAGAGACAUAAGAAAAAAAUAGUCAAACUCUGAUUUCCAUGUAACACAUAAGUACAGACUGCUGGCUUGUCAAAGUUGCUUAAAAGAGUGUACCACAAGGAUACCGUUGAUCAGUGUGAAUAUAUUCAAGGCGUAGGUCUUGUUUCGUUCAGUUUGGGGAGCUGUCUGCCUCUCUGAGCCAGAUCAUAAAAAUUUGAUCACUGCUGCCUCUGCCAAAAGUGAUGAAGAGAUUUUUGGAAGAGAAAUUCAGACCAGUUUUCAGGCCAGUGUUUUGUCCUCAAUGAUGAAACCUAGAAAAAAAAAGAAGAGGGAAGUUUUUCCUUCCCUGCAGCUGAACAGAUCUGAAACUCCCUUUUCUCUUCCUCCACAGGGACACCUCAGGACAGGGGAGGUUCUGCACCAUCUUUCGCUCGUACUCCCGCGGGGCACAGGUGAGAAAUACAGCACUAAACUGGACUGAGGCGUAAACAGCUUCAUUCUGUCAUCCUGCUGCAGAGACUCUUCUUUUCUCAGAGAGGAAACCAACAGAGUGUUUAUCUGUUGACUGUAUUGAUCAAAUGCAAAUUUACAAAUCAGCUGUUGUGCUUGCUUUGCUGCUCAGAGACUUGCUGUUUAAUCUUUUUUUUUUUUACAUCAUCAGCAUCUUUUUUUAAAUUUUUAUUUUAUUUUUAUUUAGAAAUCAAGUUUUAAACAUCCUCAUUUAGUGUACAUCAAUUCAAAUCUGCUGUAAAGAGCAGAAACAUGAAAAGAAAACAAAAGAAAAAAAUACAAGAGACAUUAAAUAGCACUCGUGUUCAGCAGAGAAUCAGGGGAAUUAGAGUUUAGCUGCUGCUGAUUUUUACCUAAAGUCUGACUUUGCUGUUUAUUCUCUGUGUGUGUUUGUGUGUCUGUAGGGAAUCCUGCUGGUGUACGACAUCACCAACCGCUGGUCCUUUGAUGGAAUUGACAGGUGGAUCAGGGAGAUCGAUGAGGUGAGUCUGAGCGAUGGAUGGGUGCUUUAGGAUUGGUUAGAUAGAUACCAGCAAAGAUAAUUUUCAGAUUUUCUAUCCUGGUAAGUAGUUCCUCCAGCUGAUUCAGCUCACAGAGGAGGAAGUCAGACCCACAUUUGUCAGUAUUCUAGUUCUAGUACUCUAGUUCAGUAUUCUAGCCUUGCUCCUCGUAUCUUCAUCAUCAUUUCUAAAUAUAGUCAACAGACAAUUUAUUUGCACCCUCUAUGCACAUCUUGGAUAGCAUUUUUUCCAUCAAAUACUCAUACAUUUAUCGAGGAUAAAGGCAUUACACACCGAUUUUUAGGGGGCAAUAAGGUGCACCGGGUUAUACGGCGCACUGUGAUUUAAUAUGUUUUUGUUUACAUAUAAGGCGCACCGGAUUGUAGGGCACAUUAAGCAUUGAUUGGUUUAUUGUUGCUAGUGUGUACUCCAGGUCCGGGCUGCCUUACAUGAAUGCACUUCUAGAUACUACAGUCAGAGUCUUGUAGAGUGUUGCAUCUAUCCCACUGGAUCUUCACAUGACAGCGUAGGACUAAUUUAAUUUGAUCCUUUUGCUUUUAAACCUUGGCGAUUAGAAAAAUGUUCCAGUUAUAUGAGAUGGAACAAAGGGUCAAUAGAGAGAGUUAAGUGAACCACUUUAAGACGACCACAUGCUUGUGAGUGUGUGUGUGUGCGUGGGUGUGUGGGCUACUCUCAUCAUGUCCUUCCUGCUGACUGGGAAAAAAAGGAUGUCCGUGUCCUGUGUGUGUGUGUUAGUGUGUGUGUGUGUGUGUUUGCUUGUGUGAGUGUGUGUGCAGUGAUAUUUUCAGCCUGUGGAAUGUAUGUUUCCUGCUCCACCUCCACAGACGUGAUGUGGUCACAGCAGGCUCAAGGUAGCGAGAAGGAGAAGAUGGAAAAUAUCUAUUUGAUGGAAGUUAAACGAUUGUGAACAUAUGAGGACACGCAGUCCAAACUUGAUCAGGCGUUUUAUCACAUGUGAUUCUGGGUGGUCACUGUCAAAGUAACAAAUCUUGGCGCUGGUGAAAGCCUCCUGGUCUGGCUGCAGCUGUUUUCACCACCAUUUACGUGCCUCCAAAUCUGGAACUGUUUCCUCUGCUGCUGUCGCUGGUACCGGGCAGACCUCUGUGCAGAGAUUCAGAGCAUGAAGAGGCAACAGGGAGGAAUCUCAGAGAAGAGUCUGAUGAAUGGUGACAGUCAGGAGGAGAGAAGGAGUGAAGGAGCAAAGGGAGGUCGACCUUUUGCUGCCAUCAUGUUUUGUCCAGUUUGUCAGAACAGACGGGGAUGUUUUAGAGAGAUGUGAGCCUGAGCGGCGGGAUGACAUUCAUGCUGCCAUUUUGAGCUUGUUGAAUUAAUAACAGACCUCUGCUGGAGGCUUUGAAUGUAACAUCUUCCAUCCACUUCCCCUCUGUCUCGUGCUAAAAUCAAGUGGAAAUGACGCAAAGACAAACAGAUUUAAUCCAAGUGUGACAGCAGCCUUGAUAAAUAUUGUAGAAAAAGUUAUAAAUAAUCGAGAGCUGCUGCAUUUGUUUUGAUAUUUGCAGAUAAGGGACCCUUCUUUGUGCUUCGUUCUUUCUUUGAUAAUAUUUUUGAGUUUAUUUGAACUCUUUUAAUGAAGGGAGGCUGAUUGAACAUGCUCUUUGAUGGCAGUGCUACAUUAAGACUUCAUGAAACGAACACAAAAAAUUAAGGACAGGAUCAAUAAAUAAAAAAGUGACAAAGAAGAUGAAAGCAGUACAAAUAAGCAGAGAACAGCUGUAGAGGAGGGUCACUUACAAUCUUAAUUCUUUAAGAGUUUGGAAAGGUGGAAGAAAAGAUGUAAAGAGGUCCACCACUUUGUGAGAGACUGUGUGAGCAAAUAGUUCAACAGUCUCACUAUCAUAGCCUCCAGUGUAACAUUGCAAAGACUUUGAGGAUUUCACCAUCUAUAUAAUACAUCAUAUCAUUAAAAGGUUGAGAGAAUCUGGAGAAAUCUUUGAAAAAAAAGGAAAAGAAGCAAAACUAAUACAGGAUGGCACUGAUCUUUAGGCUCUCAGGUAACAUUGCAUUAAAACAGACAGGACUCUGUAGUGGAAAUCACUGCAUGGUCUCAAAACAGUUCACCGGUUGAAUUCAUUCAGAGCACUACAGCACAAAAAGAAUGACACAGGAGACUCCAAAGUAUCCAACAGUUGAAUUCCUAUAUGGAGCAAAAAAAUGACAACAUUUCACUUUCCAAACUCUGGAAACCAGUUUUCUUUUUUCUCAAACAUUCAUCAAGUAUUGUAAAAAGUAGGAGUGAGGCAAGAUAAUGGUCAACAGCCCCCAAGCCUAGCUUUUUUUAGAACUAUCAAAUUUAUUUAUUUUGUUAUAAAACAAUGAAAUUUUUCAGUUCAAACUCAUUUGCAAAAAAAACAUAGAAAUCUGUUUGUUCAACAUUUUAAACGGGGUCAAAACUUUGUUCAAUUCGAGUCAAAGCAUCACAGGGAGAAAUGUCUGCUUUAAUGUGAAACAAAACAAAUCUCAGCUGUUACCCUCUGUUAAUUCAGUCCGCUGUUUGAUUUCUUUCCCAGCAUGCCCCUGGCGUGCCUCGAAUCCUCGUCGGCAACCGUUUGCAUCUGGCCUUCAAGCGGCAAGUCCCCACUGAGCAGGCGAGGGCAUACGCCGAGAAGAACGGGAUGACCUUCUUCGAGGUGAGCCCUCUCUGCAACUUCAACGUCAUCGAGUCGUUCACAGAGCUGUCGCGCAUCGUCCUGAUGAGGCACGGCAUGGAGAAGUUCUGGAGGCCCAACCGAGGUGAGUGGAGGGGGUUGGUGAACUCUAGGAACAUCAAAGACAUAAGCUAUGACAGUUAAUCACAAAUAAAGUCAUAAAAUCAAAGAGCAACUGUUCAUCAAAAAUUUCCUUUUAAGUUUGCUUAUUAAGCGAUACUGAAAAAAAAUGGAGCAGUUUUCUCGGCCUGGUAGGUGGGCGAAAGUAAGGAAACAGAGAAUACACCAAGGACAGGCUGAAAAAGAUGUUAGCACAGCGUUGGUUCACAUUUCAAAGAGCUGAUGGGACUUUUCCAUAGAAUUAAGUGAAUUCAUACCACUUAUUUCUGAGCUGCGGUAACAUGCUUAAACAGAAAUGACAGUUGAGACUCACCCUGGAAAAGAAAAUCUGGAUGCUGGACAAGAUUUCCAGAAGUUUAAAGCUAAUUUUCGUUGUAGUCUCACAGUUUCCCUUUCAUCAUCAAUAAUACUCUAACUUUUUGCAUCUAGCGCUUUGCCUCGUGAUCCUCCAAACUCCCUCUGAGUCCCAUCAGCCUUUUUUGAGGACACCAGGGGGCUUAAAAAAAUUAGAAAGUUGGUUCAAAAAGAGGACGUAAUGAUAGUUUUGUGGAGUCAAACAGAAACUAAGAAUCAGUUUUGCAUAUGUGAAUCACAGACCUUGAUUCAGUCCUGUUAUAAAAAAUACUUUGAUAAAAAAAUGCCUGUAUAUUUCAAAACUCAGGGAACAGAAUCGCAAAAAUUAGAGCAACUCAACAACAAUCAGGAAGUGAAAAGACAGGACAAAUGAAAGACUUAAAGCUCAAAGUUAAGUGAUGUAAACAGGGAAUGAAAUCCUAAAACAUGACAGUAAGUGAGAUGUUCACUGCAGCAGUUCUGUAUAUUUUUAAAUAAUGUAAUUUUAAAUGAAUAAACUGCACCUCACUAGAUCUUCAUCACUCCAGAGGGCUCUCUCAUACGUCAUCCUGCGCUGAUGUGCCACAGUCAUCAGAUGGGCUGACACAUUACCUCCUAGGCUAAUUAAUUCUCCCUCAUGCCUGUCAUCCUUUGUCUGUAAUUAAAGAGCAAAUCAGGUCGAAAUGAUGUCCUGCCAAACCUCAGAGAAUAAAUGAUGAACAGACUCUCAGAGACUCACUGUGUUGAACAUCUAUCAUUCAGGUCUCAUGGUCUUGGCUCUGAAGUCAUUUCAAAUGUCAGAAUAAGGUUUGAAUUCCCGAUCGGGGCCUGUCGCUCUGAGUCCCACUGAUUCUUGCACUCUAUAAAAACACCUGAAAAACUGACAAACAUAUUUCAGCAAAUGAUUCAUUUAGAUUUAUCUGGUAAAAACCAGAUAAAUCUUUGUUAUUCAUGAGGAUGUCAGUUCUAAUGUAUUCUGUGCUAAUUUGCUGUGUUGUGAUCGUACUCCAAAACCAACAAGUCAUGACUCAGACAUGGUGAGAGUAUGAGGGCGGCGAGUUUCAGUAUGUUUCCUUUGCAUUUGGGGCAACCAGCUUUGACAUCACUGAUGACCACACAAAGUGCGUAAAGCAGUUCAAUGAGCUUUUUUUAGCCUCCUCAUGAUCACAUCUUCAUCUUAAAGUAAAGUGAAAGAGCAGCAACCCUGUGAUCGGCUGCAGAGGUGACCAGUCUUGAAUCUCUUCUGAAUAUUUUACUAUUUGUGCUAAAUCAAGUCCUGACUCCUAACCUCUGCCUUCUACUCUGCAGUGUUCAGCCUGCAAGACCUCUGCUGCAGAGCCAUUGUGUCGUGCACGCCUGUCCACCUCAUCGACAAGCUCCCGCUCCCCGUGGCCAUCAAGUCCCACCUCAAGUCCUUCUCCAUGGCUAAUGGCAUGAACGCCGUCAUGAUGCACGGACGCUCCUACUCGCUGGCUAACCCGGCCGGCGGCUCUAAAGGCAACAGCCUGAAGCGUUCCAAGUCUAUCCGUCCACCGCAGAGCCCACCGCAGAACUGCACCCGCAACAACUGUAAAAUCUCCUAAUUGACCAAUCAGGAGGGGAGGUUAGAGAAAAUAAAAGAUGCACAGCAUGGAUUCAGGACAAGGAUAUACAGGUUUUUUAUGUUUAAAAGAAAGGAGCGCAUCCCUGAGCCUGAAGAGCUAAAGAGCAGAAUGAUGGAUAAAGGGAUGGAUGAGCACUACCUCUCAUCUUUGUGUUGAAAGUACAGGUGGGGCUUGAAUGGUGCCUCAAGAUUUCAGAGAAUGACUACAAACAUUUAGAGCUGAUUCUCACAACAUGUAACUGCUAUGAAUGAGAGAAAGAGACUCUGGAUUCACUCCUGUCUGCUUGAGAUUUAACUACAUGUACAGAAAUCCUUCACCAACUCAAGCAACUGUAUCAAGUUUCUCAACAUGAAGCACUCCACGGUUUGCAUCGGUGCAUCAUAGAAAUCACCUCAAAGACAGUUCUUUUUUUUAUCUCACGUCUCUUUUUGUCCAUCUGGUUAAACUCACACCUCUUUCUCUCCACAUCGGUUCUUUUCAACAACCAAUAAGCUAAUGAGCAAAACACUAAUGAGCAGCCAGUCAGUCACUGGUGAGCAGAUGGUGACCAGAUGUGUUUAAACACUUGUUAAAAAAUGUUUGGUUUGAUCCACAAAAACAAAAAACACUUGGUGAAGAUUGGUGAAGUGGGAGUCCCUCGAAACCCUAACUUUAAACUCCAACUAUAUCCCAAAAGACACACUCUGAACGAGGGCAGCACAGUUCAACACAACAAAAUCACCACUGUUAAAUGAAAGUUUGAAGAGUUUCUUUACAAGUAAAGACAGUAGAGGGUUUACCCCAAUCAUUAAACACUCGAAUAUAUACAUUUUUCAAAUUGCAGCAGUUAUUGACCACUUUUAUUUUAAUGCAAAGACAAAAACCAUGAGCAUAGUGCUAAAACUCCAACAGUGGCUCAACGUGGUUUGAGGUUUGGUUUCAUUUUAGAGAUUUUUUUUCCUGCUUACAAAAGACGUUACGUUGCAGUACCGUAAGUGUCCACUUGGGGCUGGCUCCAGAAGUCCCAGAAGCCAAAUACACACCCAUUUAGAAAAGCCCAUCUUUGCAGCAAGAAUAAAUGGGACAGAAAAAAAAGUUGGGGUCUUAAUAGCCCAUCUGUCUGCACACUCUGUAUGGAUGCUAGAUUUCAUUUUACUAACAGUUUUUAAGAUUUAAAGGUCAUGAUUUGUUUGAUGCAGAGUAGGGCUGACUUACCUGAAAGGCAAACAUACUGUAGCUGCUAGUGAGGAAGCUGAAGCCCUUCCCCAACUUCACCUCCUUGCCUCUUAAUAAGUUGAACAAAAGUUUGGUUGAGUCAGCAUGACUGAAGCUUCGUCUACGUCUUCAUCCAGUCUUUGAGCCAACGUAAAGGUCAGCAUGUUUCACUUCAAUACUUAAUGCAGACCCACAGGUCCAUGUCAGCAUUAAAAAUGUAUAGAAGAAUAGAGAGUAUAAAAAUAAAACACAGGUACGGCCAAAAACAAAGAUAAAACAGCUACAGUUUUCACACAGUGAUUAAAACACAAAAAGACAUCCUACAAUCCUCCAUCCGUGUUAAAUUUUAUCAUAGUUAUUGACACUGAUUUCGUUAUUGCCCAAACCUGAACUACACAUCAUGACCAGACUUGCUCUUGUGCCGUGAGUCUGAGCAGUUUUUUUAGCUUCCUGUUUCGAGUUUAUUGGGGGACAAAACGAGUAUCAAAAGCAUCUACAAAUUGCCAUUGAUACAACAAAAUUUGAGUAGUUUUAUUUAUCAUGUUGUGGUGUGAAAAUAAGGUGGGAAAAGUAAAGGAUCAAGAAGGGGUGUUGUCAGGAUUUGGCUAAGGGUUUAUCUCUGUCAUCCUCCCUUUUCUUCCUGUUUCCUUCUUUCUUUGCCAAAUUUUAGACUUAAUCUUCUCAGAUUUCACACCACCUGCCAUCGUGACCUGUUACCUGCAGCAUGUGCAGACUCUUAUUUAAGUAACACAUGCACAGUCUAAAUCAGCUGUGUGCUCCCUCAAAGUGACACUCUACUCUAACUUUAUUUAAAGUUGAAUAAAAAUAAAGGACAACACUACAAACAUUCAAAAGCUGCAGAGAUCAGUGUUUUAGGUUGAUUAUCACUUUAAGUGUCUUCUGCCAUAAAAACACACUGCCUCCAAAUCUGUCAGAUAACCCAGUUACCGUCAAAGAUUCCUCCCAUCCCUGCUAUGACCUCAUGUGUUUUCCAUGUCGUGUUUUCCUCACUUCUGUUUCAGUGUUUGACCCGGAGGCAGAAGAAGAUCGGGUAUCUGAAGAGGUCUGAAAAUUGUAGCUGUAGGUGAAGGCACUGUGAUGAGUGAAAACAGAAACCGGUCAGAGUAGCUGGACAGGAUGCUGGAAUGAGGAGUGUUCAGGUAAAAUGUUGAUAGUAAACAGUGACCCAUGUUAGCCUAACGGGCCAAACUGGUGGUUUUUGUGGAGUUUGUGUUUAAGUGGGAAUCUAUUGCUGAGAUUGCAAGUUAGAAUUAGCUGAUAUCUUCAGCAACUGCUACGUUUGUCCGUUACCAGGUCCUGCACUAUCAAAGAUGACCUCCUAAUUUUGAAGGUCCAGAAAACGUUUGUUGGAGAUGGAAAGAGGAGCAGUUGCUAACUUCUUGAUUUUUACAUUUGACAUGUUGAUUUAUAGUUUGCAUGAGCUAAAAUCGGGUUCACACUUCAAAAAAACAUUUUUUUAAAUUCUUUAUUUUGCUGGACACAUGAACAGCAGUAUGAAACAUAUUUUAGACGGUUGUCGGCAGAUAAGUCAAUGUCAAGAGCUGUCACUGGUUGCAGCAGUAAAGGUCUUUCUUUCAGGAAGCUGUUUCAGCUCAUUUUGGCACACUGCAGAAAACAGUCAACAAGCUGAAAAAGUGAGCAGCUGAGUUUUCUCUCCAUGCUGCCUUCAGGUCUAGUGGGACGUCCCCAAAACACAGGUGGACCAGGUGUAAAUAUUGUCGAACAACAGGGAGACAUGUUGCUGUUGUAUCUCUUCAGUCUCUGUAUAAAGAAAAUGAUCUGGCUGAACCGACAGUUGAGUCUAAACAAGUGCCGACACAUGAACUCUUCCCUGUCGCUGCUUUUUCACACCAAACCUUUUCCAACUGGAUCUCCCACGGGAGCGAACGCAGCAUGUUUUCUUCUUUCUCCCCCCUUCUGAUCUGCUCCACCGCCUCCUCUGCCUGCUUGCUGUCCCAUGAUUCAUAGCUGCUGAAUAAUAGAUGCUCUUUUCAGAGAUCUCUGGAGGGCUUCAUCAGUACACCCCGGCUGCGUCUCUCCCCCCUCGCUACUCUUUCAUCCUCCUCGUCACUCCUCUUCAGGAAGCUCAGCGUGGUUUGUUUCUUCGUCCUCCUCAGCCUCUGCCUUCUUUUAUUCUGCUAUUAUAUAAAAAUCCGCUUGGCUGCUUAUUUUUACGACAUAUUUGAAUUUGAUUGUAGUCGCUCCUCCUCAGGUUCUUGUUUUUAAAUCCAGUCCCUUCAGCUCAGGAUGAGCUCUACAUGUUUGAUUGUUUGCCAUUUAGUGUGAAGGCCUGUGAACUCUUCAUCCCUCCUCUCCCUCCCCCUUUGAUCUCAUCUGUCUUUGCUUUCAGACUUUGACAUGUCUUGACACACCCAGUGAAGCCUCUCUACUUUAAAGAGGAUUUCAGCUGAUCUAGAAUCAGAUUACUGCAGGGUGUAAAACACACACCGAUCUGUAACUUGCUUAAAACUGUCAAAUAGGAAUCAUUUGAACUUUAUAUCCGUGGUUUAGAGCAUUUUUGGCUUGUUAAACGAAGUUGUGAGUUCUUGUGAAGUGCAGGUUUCAUGUGCUUAGAGAUGGUGAGAAGUUCAAGCAGAACAUUUUUUUGCCUUGCAGGUUUUUAUAUCUAAAGUUUUGGAGCCUAAGUGGGCUGGGUUGUUUAGCAAGAGCUUAUUUUCAGCCCUGAUUUCAAUAUCUCAACAGUUGAUGGAUCAACUAUGACGACAAUUUGCCCCUUAAGCUCACCUAAGACAACUAGUCCUCUGUGUAUUCCUGACUGGCCAAGAUGAGUAUUUUUUUAUGUGGUUUUAAAACUGAACAGCAUUCUUACCAGCAAAAGCAACCCUCCCAGGCUGCUCAUAUGCAACACUAAGAAAUGAGAUGUUCUGUUAUACCUGCUCAAAACUGAGAUUCUACUUAACACUAUCAUUCAGCUCAAAUCUUUGCUGCUGCAGUGUGCUUUUUCUCUUAAAAUUUUAAGUCUUGACUUUCCAAACAGAGCAUUUGGAGGGUAUUCAUUAGUGAUUAUAGUUGUAAAUCGCCUCCAAGUGUAAGACGAGUCAUCAAGAAAAGCCCAUGUUGUCCUGUAAUCUCAAACUCUAAAACACCUUUUUGCACGGCUUUUAGGUCGAUUUUGUUGUAGCUAUCAGGUCAGAUAAUUACAUAAAGGCACAAGAAAUGCAAGACAGAAGCAAUAAGUAUAUUCUUUAUUUGGAUGACCCAUCAUUUUUUUUUGUCCCAUGAUCCUAAACUGACUUUUUUAACAGGGCUAUCUGUCUGUAGUCCUGAUCUGAUUUGCUAAAUUAUAGGGCUGCUCUAGUUUUUCCCUCUUUUUUAAAAAUAUGUUUGUAUAUUUUUUCGCAUAAGAUCAUCACAUCUUAAUAAAUAUGAAGCAAAACAGAGUUUUUGUAUUCACAAGGCAGAUUAUUUACUGGCACUUAUGUAAAGGACAUCAGUCUCAAUUUGACUGAAUUUCAGUCUCUAUCCAAAUUCUGUUUAUUAUUUUUUUUCCCAGUGGUCUGCUCUUUGAUUAUAUAUUGUAUUUCUAGUUUGACCCAUGACCCAUCUGUUCACAUGGAGAAAGCAAGCUUUUUUUUAUCUAUACUGGAGCCAUUCAGGAGAUGGAGCUCUUUGUCAUUUAGCUUUACUUUAGCUAAGUUUUUUAUGUUAUUUUACACUCUUGUCAUGGAUCGCAUAAAAUAGAAACACUGUUGAAAUGACCGUUGCCUUGAAUAUUUGACAAAACCCAUCUGAUGCUCAAAUCUGUGCUGACCCAAAGGGUGGUAGGAUUUAUGAUUUGUUAGAAUGAGGCUUAAAGCUGUUAUAAAUAUGGGGUAAAUACUCCAAUAAAGGUAAAAUGAUCAAAAAAUUUCUUUCAAGUUGAGGGAAAUGGAUUCAAAUCUGUAAAAACACCAAGUUUGACGCUUUAGGAGGUUCAUAAAGAAACUUGCUUAACUCAUGGCUGUGGUUUGGAGUCGGAGUAAAUCAGCUGACGGUUUAUAAUUUCAUUUCUGUCACCAUCUGUGUUUUUUAAAGUAGUUUGUUGCCAAGUUGCUGCCCACUCCCUGUUUAUAUCAGCCUGAUUGUUUUGUGUUGUUUUAUAUUUCCGUCUUUGUGUUACUGUAUAACAAAAGCAUCCCCCCCUCCUUGUUUUGGCUCUGCAUCUCCUCUCUUCCUCAGAGUUUCUUUUGAGCAAAGUUUGGAUUUCAUGAGACAUCCGUAAAGAUGGAGAUGUUUGUGGAGGAUGAUGUUGGAUUCAGGGAAAACCUCUGAUGUAUUCAGUGUUUGUACAGAGGAGCAAACUGUUGUGAUGAUAAUGACAAAAAAAUGUAAUACACUACUCUGGUUUGUGGCUAAAGCUGCUGAGUAAUCUUAAACAAGUUGUGUGUGUGAAUGUGUGUGUGAGAGAGUGUGUUAUUUACACACCAAGCCGACCAAUUUUCUUUUUUAAAUUAUUGAUUGUACAGUUUCAAGUUAAGGGGAUGAAGAGACCAACUUUUUCACAAUAAAACUAUUGAAUGUUGGAGUCAAGUUGUUGCUGUCAAGUGUUUUUCAUGUUGACAUACAGGGUAGUAAUUUGUUUCUUUUGGGUAGGACGCCAUCUGCUGGAAACACUGUGUUAAAUCGCCCCAUUAGUCAGAAAAAUACCUCCAAAGAUUUGUGUUAAUACUAAACACAGCUGUUACAAACAAUUGAAAAACGCUGAGAUACAAAGUCCAGGUUUUUCCUACUGAAAAACAGAUUUGAAGAAACAACAGAAGACCUUUAUUCUGAGUGUAUGAUUACGUUUAUGCAGAUUUAAGUGGAUUUUUCAGAACCUACUUACAUCUCUGAACCUACUUACUGAACUUUUUUUAUUGGGUGACUUUUGUGUUUUAGAUAUUUAGUUUGCAGUCAAAUUGAAUAACCAGGGCUGUCAAGCACUUAAUAUGGAUCAAUGACAGACGUUAAAUAGCUGAUCACAUCUUCAUUAAGAGAUGGUUUUGAUUAUAGUGAUCCCUGGUUAAUACAACAGCAUUUGCACUUUUCAGGAGUUCCAUAUUUCUUGCUCUCUCUGUUUCUUAGUGGUCGUGUAUGCCUAAGACUGUUGCUUACCACAUCCAUAAGGGAUGAAUGGUGUUAACCAUAUGCUGUAUGUAGGACAUGCCAGCCUUGGGACACCUUUUAGACCAUAAUCCUCCACAGUAUUGACUGGUCUGCAGUCAGUUUCCACUCACUUAGUGGCAACCAAGUGGCUUCAACAUUUAUGUAUCUCUUUCUGCAAAUCUCCGAUUUGGAAAAUCUCUCUGUGGCCCUAAAGGCCAACAGCAAAAACAUUUUACAUAACUAUAAAAUCAUUUCAAAAAUUCAAAAUGGUAUAAGAACUGCAAAAAAAAUUCGCCAAUGUCUUUGAAACUUUUCUUUUUAAGAAAAAAAUAUUUUUUUUAAUUUUCAUCUUUUUUUUUUUUUCCAGUCUGAAAAUUGUAUUUCAAAAAUUCUCACCUAAGCUCCAAU